UUUGCAAAUAGGGGAAGCCACAAAUGUCAUUUUCUCCCCAUAUCUUUGUGUAUAUAUAUAAAUAUGUAGCUGCGGAAGCUACUUCAACCAUCCGGCAAAGAAGAUACUUGCGGUGAUCUUAUUUGCUGUCGUUAGUGAAGAUGACCAAAUUAUCCUGCGCCUCCUACCUUCUCUUGCUCCUCCUUAUCGUCUUCCCAGGAGGAGUUAAAGGGCAGUGGGAUAACAACAAAACUAACCUGACUGCGCUUCAGAAGCACGUAUCGUUCUUUGACCGGGACAAAGAUGGGGUCAUCUAUCUAGAAGAGACCUACCAAGGAUUCCGUGCACUUGGGUUCGGUGUUGCCGUCUCCUCCGCGGCCUCCGUCGUAAUCAACGGCUUCCUCAGUCCCAUAACCAACAACGGAUCAAUACCAGCAAUCUUUCUCCCUGUUCUUGUGGCCAACAUUCAAAAAGGCAUACAUGGAAGCGACACUGGUGCCUAUGACACUGAGGGCAGGUUUGAUUCUGAAAUGUUCGAGGAGAUCUUUCAGAAGCAUGCACACACCAACCCUAAUGCACUAACAUCUGAUGAGUUGAAUGAGAUGCUCAAAGCGAAUCAACAACCUAAUGACUUCCAAGGAAGGGUUGCUAGCCGCUCAGAAUGGGAGGCUUUAUUCUCUCUCGCUAAGGAUGAUAAUGGAUUGCUUCAAAAGGACAUUCUAAGAUCUUUCUAUGAUGGAAGCCUGUUUUAUAAAUUGGAGGGGAAGAGAAAGUCUCUCAAAUGAAAGCAUGAAUGCGAUAGCUGAAGAGCGGAUUGUAGCUUAUUAAUGCCAAUGCACUUAUUGCUUGAAAUAUUGUUUUGGAAUGAUCAUAUAGGUUAAAAAAUUGUUCCUACUGCUCACAAUUUCAUAA